AUUUUAUAUGCAACAAACCAAAAAUUUAUAUAUAUAUAUAUAUAUAGAAAUAUACUUCUACAACAUUGAAAAUCAAACGAAAUAGAUUCGAUGUUUUAUAAGCGGCAUUGCUUCCAAGCAGCAAAGGAUUCAAUAUUCGCUACAUAUCAGGACAAUAAUAUUUAACCUAGAGAGAUGGUAUCCGGAGUAUCAGAUGUACAGUCUAUGUCUUCGACAAGUGAAGCAAACGAACACGCCCAAGACUCAAAAUGUCCUUGUUAUAGUAGCACCGACUUGACUCGGUCUGAGUCGAGAAUUCGAUUUUCGUUGAAAAAGUUUAGUCACAGCAGUGUUGCUUCUUUUGAUGAAUUCUCAUUAAACGCAACAACUCCAAGAUCUCGCAGAGUGAAGACACGAAAAGGUGGAGUUUUGCCUAGUGAAUUAAAAUUAUUUUUGACCGGUUCACGCAAAUCGAGUGACGCGUCGGAUUCCUCGGCCAAUAAUGCAUCUCCCGAUAUAAUAGGCAACAAUUAUGGUGGUAACAUCUUUCGUUAUAGGAGUUCUCAGUCAUCCACAGAUACUGCCAUCGGGGACUGUGGAGUAAGUUCACUAUCGGCAUCUCGCACUCCGUCUCGUAAGCUCAGUGCGGACAUGGAUCAACUGAUGACCAUGUACAAGAAAGAGGUUUCAUUAGCAGAGGAAUCAGUUCUUUGUCGGGUUAAUGACUUGGACGUUAAGGUGCAACGUACUAUAGUCAAUCUUGCCGCGUUGUCGUCAAAAGAUUGCUCUCACGACACUUGUAUCAUGGUACAGGUGAAUGUGGCAAAAAAACUUUUGGAUAAAACGUUCAAGGCUGCGAUCAAAUGUAGAUCAGCGGUUUCAAAGUAUUUGCUGAAGCAGAAUGAUAAGAUUUGGCGCAUGGCGCAUUUGGAUGGGGCUGAAGUUGAACUGAGUGACUGUGAGAUGAAAUUUCUAUUUGGCAUAAUCCACGCUGCAUUUCGACGAAGUGUAGCACUAGCCAACGAGGUGUUACAGUCCGUGCAUUCUAGCUUAAUCGAGUGGGAUACCAAACUAUGCAGGAUAUCGAAAUUGCUAUUGAAGCCUAGCAGAGGUAUCCGUGGGCCAUUGCGUCGAGACAACCGCACCAGUCCGAGGAACAGGGCCGUUCUUACCUCACACGACCCUGAACCGGAAAUGCAGGAACCAUAUAUAAUGAAGUACGCCACUGGAAAGCCGUAUGCUUUGAUCGAACUGCAGUCACCUAGUUGUGUGGCUGGACUUGGAGAAAGAUCAUGCUAACCAUAGCCAGAUCAGAAAGAAAAUAGCAGCUUUUCUAACCCCGAGGCUAGUGUAGCGCGGUGUCUGAAAACUCAAAAGUAUCUAUAAAUAACUAUCAUCCUUUGACGUUUCACAGCAGAUUUGGUCGAUGACAUAGAUAGAUAAAAAAAAUAACCAACACAGGUCCAUGUUCCUUCAAAUUUUGGUUUCUUCUAGACAAAAACAAAAACAACGCUAUCUCUACAUUAACUUCGGGUUUCUCUAUUCAUAUUACGUCUCUAUACGAAGUAUUAACUUAGAUUAUAAGCCGGCUUCAGUGCAAGGAGCUAUUAAUCAGCACAACAACGCCCACGUCUUGCUAUAUGUCCCGU